GACCGGUAACUUUGAUGUAGAAGGACUUGAGUAAUGGGAAAGAGGAAGUCAAGGGCGAAGCCUCCACCAAAGAAGCGGAUGGAUAAGCUUGAUACUGUCUUCAGUUGUCCCUUCUGUAACCAUGGCACCAGUGUUGAAUGCCGCAUCGAUAUGAAGAACUUAAUAGGUGAAGCUGUAUGCUUGAUAUGCCAAGAGAGCUUCAGCACCACUAUCACAGCUUUAACCGAACCAAUCGACAUAUACAGCGAAUGGAUCGAUGAAUGUGAACGGGUGAACAACCUUGAUGAUGAUGGUGCUUAGGAGGGAGAAGAUAAUGUCUAGAAAACCAAAUGGGUGUUUGAAUGGAAUAGGUUUUCUUGAAUAUAUUACUAUGAUAGCCGAUGGGGCUUGUGGUUGUGGCACCAUUUAUGGCUUUUAGUAGCGAGUGUUAUGUAGCAAACUGAGAAGUUGUGUAAUUGAAUGUGAGUAAUGGAGUUUGGCAAUAAUGGCUGUUGUAAGUGUUGAAGCUUGUUCAUGAAUUUUAGAAGAUGCAAUAUAUAUAUAUAAAGCUGAAUACCCAUGUGGGUUGGUCCAACCAGAUAGACGUAA